AUGGCUCUUACAGAACAGGAGAAGCGUAAACUGCUUCGUGAAAGAAGGGCAGCAAAGAUUUCUAAUGGGUCAGCCCGGUUGAACAAGAUCACUGGCGAUGUGCCAGCGGCUGAAGACGUGAAGCCUGAGGUGAAGCCUGACAAUGGCAUCAAGGACAUGAUCCAUCAAGACUCUUUGGGUGAACUACCACACGUCAGCAGGGAGAAGAAGACCAGUAAGAGUAACAGGAUAUCUCAAAACUUUUCAGAUGAUCCUCCAGUGCAGGAUAUCGAUUCCGUAGAGAUGCAAGCACAGGCCAAAGAGCUCCAGAGGUCUCUUCAGGAACUCAUUGGAAGUGUGAAGCAUGAGCACGCGCAAGUUGGCAAUGAGGAUUCUAAAGAGCUUGAGAUGAUGUUUAGCUCCAUGAUGAACGGUGUGCCAAAGGAAGCAGGUGGCAAACAACACGAGGAAGACGUGGAUGUUGAUUUUGAAAAGAUUGUCGAGGCGAAGAAAGCCAACGAUAAGUUCAAGGCACAGGUGAUGGCGUUGAGAAUGGCGCUGACAAUAGCGGUCACUCUUUACUUCUACUUCACGUACGGGUUCAAAUCUUCAACAUUGUCCAUUGUCACUGGGGACUUCACCCCCUUCAUCCAGGUGUUCACAGCGUUUGAGGUGAUUGCAACCUCCGCUUAUGCGAUCCACAUGAUCAAUACACCGGAAAAGCACUACAACUACAACUCAAAGAUCCUGGAGUACCUGGGGUUUGUUCCUGAACAGCUCUUAUCUUUACAGUGGAAACAACGCAUCAAACUGGGCAUCAAGUACAUGGAGCUGUUACAACUAUCACUCUUUGAUCUCAGUACCGUUGUGGUGGUGUUCGGGCUCCUAUCCGUGUUGCAUUGA